UUCGGCCGUCAUUGAUUCUUUUCACUGGAGGAGCUGGAGUGGUGGAAAAGGGGAAGAGAAAAGGGGUUUUGAUUCUCAAGCCUGGUGGAGAUCAACGUUGAGGUAAGAGGGCAAUUUUUGGUUUGCAAGUGUAAAUGGAAGCAAAAUUCUUUCGGUUUUUGAAGAUUGUAGGUGUUGGAUUCAAAGCUAGAGCAGAAACUGAAGGUCGUCAGCUGUUCUUGAAACUCGGUUACAGUCAUGAGGUUGAACUCCCUGUUCCUCCUGCGGUUCGUGUUUUUUGCUUCAAACCAAACAUCAUUUGCUGCACGGGACUAGACAAACAACGUGUGCACCAGUUUGCUGCCACAGUUCGCAGUUGUAAGCCUCCUGAAGUUUACAAAGGAAAGGGAAUCUUGUACAUUGAUGAAGUUGUCAAGAAAAAGCAAGGAAAGAAAUCAAAAUGAUCAAAAUUUUCCAACUGCCGAUGUCCUAUUGAACUACUUGGAUAGCUUUUCUUUUUCUUGCCUUGUAGUUUUAUUUUGAUUAAUUGCACCAAAGACGUGAACCGAUAUUUGGUUCCUUAAGUGUAUACGGGCAAUUAGUUUAAUGAAUAUCUGUGUUUUUUAAUCUGUAUUUAUUUGGAGGUGAAACAGUGAUCUGUCAAGCUGAAAUUGAAUGUAUUUCUGUUUUCUGUUAGUUUGUAUUAUAUGAAUACAAAUUAACAAUGGAUGCUGUUGAUAA